AUGGACUGCAUUGACGAGUCUACCAUAGAAGUAUGUUCCAACAACGACAGUUGCACCUACUUUAGUAACCUACCAACGAGAGCAACGCAAUCUAUGUUCCCUUGCGCUAUCUCUAGCUUGGAUGCAGUCAGCAUCGGUUUCAAGUUCCGGUACGAACUCAUUCUUUCCACCAGAAACUCAUCGUACCAGAAGGGUAGUUGCACUCAAGCUGUCAAGAUCGAUCCCCAUCUCUGCCUCUAUCAGUCAGAUGAUGGCGACACAUACCAGGCAACAAAAUGUCGAGUCCAGUAUCAUGCCCCUCCGAAGAGGUUCAGAGUGGUGGCGGGUAUUGAAGAGGGUAUAACGAGAAAGAAGAGUCCUCCAGUUUCGGGUUUCGAGCGCAUUAUCGGACCUACCACCUCUGACAACCCCACCACAGAGCAAACGGUACCACCAAACGAUGCUGAGGACAGAAAUCCCGCCCGCUAUCCUUCCUCUGAUGCAUCCGCCUUAGCUGGGCAAGCCUCACCAGUCGUACAAGCCGAGCGGACGCCAGCGGGCAUGGCAAAUGAGAACAUUACAGCCUUGGAAUCGAGCGGACUAGUAGGGUCUGUGAAUUCAGAAGCUGAGACAUGGGCUGCGACAAUGCAUAUUUUCCCGGACAGACACCGGCGCGGUCAAACUAGAAUCCGUCGAUGUUUUGUCGACACUUGCUCUGAUAUCAAUCUUGUCUCGAAAAAAACCUUGGACGACCUGCAACUGCGGUACGACCCGAAUGUAGAGGAUCAAGUGUAUGGAAUUUCUGGUCCUCCACUCCUGCCCAUUGGCUCCAUUGUGUUAACCUGGCACAUGGACGGCCAGGAAGUCAUCUACUCCCAAAAGUUCUUGGUUAUGCCAGAUGAGAUGCCGGUGAGGUUCGACGUUCUGUUGGGAAAGCCUUGGAUCAAUAAAACUGGAGCUGUCCGUCGCAAUUCAAAAGUCAUGAUGCUGACACGGCGUCUCGGCCUCCACCAUUACCAUAAUCCAUAG